AUCCUGAUCGUGACGCUGCGCGUGGCGCUGCCCAACGUGAUGCGCUUCUGCUGCUGCGUGGCCGUGAUUUAUUUGGGAUAUUGCUUCUGCGGCUGGAUCGUGCUGGGCCCGCACCACCUCAAGUUCCGCUCGCUGUCCAUGGUGUCGGAGUGUCUCUUUUCCCUGGUCAAUGGUGACGACAUGUUUGCCACCUUCGCGGCGCUGCGGCCCAGCGGGGCGCUGGUGUGGCUGUUCAGCCAGGUGUACCUGUACUCCUUCAGCGCGCUCUUCAUCUACAUGGUGCUCAGCCUCUUCAUCGCCCUCAUCACCGGCUCCUACGACACCAUCAAGAGCCAGUCGGAGGCGGCCCCUCCCCCGUCUCAGCUCCAGGUGUUCAUCGCUCAGUGCCAGGACAGCCCCAAAUCCGCAAAGUUCCGCCGGGACAGCUCCGCCUCCUGCUCCGCCCUCUGCUGCUGCGGCCG